AGCCCGCAGCCACCCUGCCCGGCGGCCGCGCCCCGGCCCCGCCGCUCGCGUCGGCCCAAAGGGGCAACGCGCUGCGAGCAGGCGCCGCCAGAUGUCGAGGCGGAGUUCCCCGUCGCGGGAGUCCCCGCAGCGGCAGGCAUCCCCGAUGUCGGAGGUUGACGAGAUCAUCGGCGACGUGGAGAAGCGGGCCGCCAAAAAGCUGCAGGCCAGCAACUCGGCCACUGCGAAGCAGAUCGACUCUUUGUUGGAGCGGCUGGCCAAGCUGGAGAAGACCUACAGCGACCCCGACGAGCAGACGUCCAAGUCGUGGCACCCGGCGAAGCGGACCCACUCCGAGGAUUCCGCGGACGGGAGCGCCCCACCCUCGAAGGACCAGGACCUGGACCCAGACAAGCGGCAGGAGGGCUACGUCGAAUUCCUCGACAUCACCGAGCAGUACCUCGAGUCCGUCGGCGUGCACACUUGGAACCUCAGCGCCGCGUCGCGGCGGCAGACAGGGUGCGGUGGUGCGUGCCUUGCGCUGGUGCCGUCCAUCCUGGUCCUCGUCGUCCAGUUCGUCCUGCUCCACGCCAUCAGCCUGGAGUCACUGAGCCCCACGUGCACCACCAACUCGGACUGUCGGUCUGGCACGUGGUGCUCGCCGAGUGACAGCCCCGCCGGCUACGACAGCACCCCCGGCAUGUGCGACGACUGCGCGUGGGCGGGCGCCCUGCAGGCGAGCAGCUGGGAGGAAGUGCAGACGGACAAUCUCCCUGGCAGGUACAACCGGAAGGCCUACGAGGCGGCAAGUGACACCUUGGCAGUAGCGGUCGCGUACUGCGCCGCCACCGACAUCUACGCUGACCGGCGCCCCGACGGUGAGGUCGCGAUGGAGGAUCGGGACACUGACGAUGACAUCGUCCCCGUCGAGGUCCAGCGUGCUGUGCCCGCCCAGGCCGUCGUGCCGCAGGCCGCCCCGAGCCCUCCUACGGACCCAGCACAGCUAGGGCUGGCGCAGUAUAUCAUCGGGGCCCUCAACCAGUCGAUGGGGGUAAAGUUGGACGGACUGCAGACUCGUGUCGACGCCCUGCAGCGCACUUCAGAGGCUAGCAGCCGCGACAUCUCCGCGGUGCAGGCCAGACUGAGGGCGCAGGAGGUCAGACUGGAGGCUCUCGAGGCGGGCCGCUCUUCUGCGAGUUCGGUCGGACCGAGAGCGGGCUUGGGAUCUGCCUCCCACGUGAGCGGCCAGCCUGAUCCGUGGGGUGCGUACCUGGAUCAGCAGCGUGCAGGCGGGAUGCCACCGCCGACGGCACGGCCGCGAGGAGGGAAGAACUGCAAGCGCAUGGUGUUCGUCGCGGGCUUCCCAGGCACGUGGGAUAAGGAUGAGGUUGAGAAGCACUUGCGUACGGAGCUCGCCAGGACGAUCUCCCUAGAGGCGCAAGGGAUCACGGAGAUCUACGGGGUGGGGAGGUUCUGCGACCAGGCCAAAGUGGUCUUCGCGAACAAUCAAAAGAUGUGGGGUUUCAUGAAGCGCUGGAAGGGCCAGAAGAUACCAUGCCUUGGAGCGCGCAACGACAAGCUGUGGCACAAGGUUGACCAGGAGCCCCACGAGGUGGAGCUCUCGCGGCGGGCCAGCUGCGCGGUGAGGAUCCUGCGCGAGUUCGGCAUCCAGUCGGGGUUGUGCACGGAGGAGUCGAAGCAGCGGACUUUCGACGGCGACUGGGACCGCGGACAGGUGGUCUUCCGCAAGAACAGUACGGAGAGGCCAGUUCGCCUGCUGCAGCGCUCCAGGACGUCAGACAUGCUCGAGGUCAGCACCGACGCCCUGGCAGCGGCUGCUUUGGACCAGGAGCUGAAGGAUCUCAAGCUGCACGAGCGGCUGAGCGAGCGCUACGUUAAGGACAUCAGGGACCUCACAGUUCUUGGGUGGAAUGCGAGAGGUGUCCUUGCGAAGCGGCGCCGUGCCGUGCUCGAGUCGCUGACCGACGAAUUCGAUGCUAGUCUGAUCCUUUUUCAAGAAUGGUGCGUUGCUGGUGGAGCCCAGCAGACUUAUGACGGCUAUGUUGUGCACGUGUCGCCUCCAUCGGGGGCUUGGCAGAGGUGUGCGAUAGCGGUGGCCAAUUCACUGGCGCCCUCCGUCAUUGGCGAGCCGCAGUUCCACGGUCGCACCAUGGCCCAAGACUUACAGUUGCCUAUCUGGGGUCGAGUGCGGGCUAUCACUAGCCACCUGUUUUCGCAUAUCGUUCGAUGUGAGUACGCUGAGACCGUCCAGCAGUUACGAGAAUGCUUGAUUACCAUGCCGAUUGAUUGCCACACCAUUGUCAGCAUCGAUGCCCAGGACGGCCUAGGGAUGCCUGGCGGAGACACUGUGGGCCCUUUCUCUACUUCCGAGAUGACCUGGCGAGGCGAGAUGCUUCGCGACCUUAUGACCGAGUUCGAUCUGAUAGCUGCUAAUACCUAUUCCCGUGGACAGUGGGGCCAGGCCACCUGUUUCUUUGACAAUCGCAAGGAGCCCAGGCAGAUCGACUUCAUGCUGAUCCACCGCGACUGGUUGCCGCGGACGCACUGCCAGGCCCGCUUCACCGACGCCUCUUCGAGCGACCACCUGCCGCUCCUCCUGCGCUGCCACGCUGGCCAAGGCGUUCCCACGAUCGAUGGCCACACCGAGCUGACACCGAUGGAGACCGUUCAGCGACCGCCACGGAAGCCCGUGGGCUGGCAGGUCGAGGACCCCGAGCUGUUCAACUCCACCAUCUGCACGUCCCUGGAGAUCAGCUACACCCCGCCAGAGACCGCGAUGUACACUGAGGGGGACAUGACGAACGCUAUGGGGAUCUUUACUGACGGCUCUGCUCGGCGUGAUCGAGAUCGACAGCGACGUCAUCGGUGCCAUGCGGCUGGCUGGGGUUUCGCACUCUAUCACGUAGCCGAGCCGAAUGACCAGGAUACCAGUCUUAUGGAGGCCUGUGGUCAGGUCACCACUGACGUGCAGGACCCUCGAUAUGUGGGCGCGACAUGUUUAUCGGCGAACACGGGUGAGCUGACGGCCAUCGUUGAGGCGCUGCUCUGGCUACUCGGACAGCGUUUACUCGCUCAGCCACUAGCACGGGACGACACCCGCAUCAUCGUCAGCACCGACUCCACGUACGUGCGCAACCUGCUGCAGGGUGUCUUCCAGACGAAGGAGAACUUUGAGCUUGCGGCCCUGGCCACCCACCUGUGGCAGCGCUGCCAGACCGCUUAUGACAUGAUCAUCAGAGGGGUGAAGAGCCACAACGGGAACACGGGCAACGAGCAGGCAGACUACCUCGCUAAGAAGGGCAAUGACCAGCGUUACAGCGGCAGCCACUGGAGACGGCCAUAUCCGACACCUGACUGGGACUCUGCUGGCUUCCAGGACACCUGUGCUGCCCACCGCGCAGCCUGCCGUGCGGAGCGGAAGCGGCGCCAGGCCGACAUCCUCAGUGAGGACGCGGGUGCCUCGCUGGGUCUCCACCUGACAGCGCCUGCGGCGACUGCCUCCAGCACCCGCCAGGGCGUCGCCUCGCUGGGCCUCCUGUCAGCCGCCAUUUGCGCGGCCGCCGCGAAGGCUGGCCACGUCCCACGCCGAGGCCGGUGGCGGCCGCCGCCAGGCGACGCCCAGCUGCUCCAGCUGCAGGCCUUGGAGCGCGCGCGAGCCGCGGAGGAGGGCCCGAGAGUGAGACACCUCAUGGGGCCCGCGGUCUGCAAGCUGAAGCGGGCUGUGAGAGACCGAUGUUCCACUGGGCAUCUGUCCCGUCUGUGCGAGCGAGGUCGGGCCGAGAAGGCCUGCAAGACGGGGCGCCCAGUGCACUGCCUUGACAAGAUGGAUGGCGGCCAGGCUACCACCAGUGCCGAGCGACUGCAGGAGGCUCAUACUUUCUACACAACUCUGCCAGAUUGGAUCCACCAGCAGUGGUCAGCCGAGGAGCAACAACAGUCCGUGCCUUUGAGCCUCCCGCUUCUCCGCAUGUGCACCGGCCGCCUCAAGAAAUGCAAGUCCUGCGACGAGACUGACAUGAUCGUGGGCGAAAUGCUCCAGGGGCUAGAGACGGACGUCUUAGAGCACCUGCUGCAGGCCUUCAGACUGCGGCUCAGGAAUCACACCUCGGAAUAUUUCGACACGGCCUGGAGUGGCCACGUGGUUCAGCUCAUCCGAAAAGUGCCAGAUGCCCGAAAGAUCAGUCAGUUUCGCCCAAUAGCCCUGAUUUCGGUGUUGCAGAAGAUACUGAGCAUGAUGGUGAUGGAAACGCAGCGAGGAUGCAUCUGCGAGUUCUCAGGCAAGUCCGAGGACGUGGCCAGCGAGGGGCCGAGGCAGGACAGCGAGGAAGGCGACCCACGCGGCAACCUUCCGUCCAGCGACAGGGAGCUGCUGAGUUACCACGAGUCGGAAUCUGGGGACGGGAUGGAGUUCGACGGCUUCGAAGGCGCGGACUUCCAGAAGGGUUCGGAGAGGAACGCGGGCCCGAUCGAGGACGCUGGCGGCACCAAGUGGCAGGAGAUCGCAGAGGUCGGCGAGGAGAAGGGGCUACACGAGGGGGGGGACGCUCAAUACGGACACGCUGCUGCUGAUGUGUUGGGGUACCGCCAUGAUGAUGAUGAUGUUCGUGGACGUCUGGAUGCCGACGAUCUGCAAGAUGACGUUACGGGCGCCGCUGAUGCUCGCGCUGAGGCUGGAGCAGCUGAGGGAGGGGACGGAGCUGCGGACCUCCGGGGAGCCGCGGACGUGGGUGGAGAGCCGAUCUUCAUGGUGAGCUGGAUGCCGAUAUGCAGAGUGACGGCGAGGCCCGAGAGCGGGAGGGAGUCUUGA